CCUAGCUAUUACCUACAUCGGCUAGUUGAAUAUGGAUGAAUCACGUGACUUUUUUUUUGACGAAAGGUUUGCUUGAAUCACGUAACUAUUAUAAUAAUAAGUUGUAUUAGACUAUUAGUUAACUGGUAUGUCAAAAUAAAGCAUCAUUCAUACAUACGCAUGCAGACGUGAGAAAGCGGCUCUAUAGUGUUCUCGGACGGUAAGUUGUUCUUCCUCCAAAUCCAGCAGUCAUUGCAGCUCUUCGUGUUACGAGAGGGUUUAAUUCCUCUUUAAAUGUCUCAAUUCAUUAGUAUGUAUUAGCUUCAAACGAAAAAGAACACGUGAUUGUAUUUACAGUUUAAUUUGAGUUUCCUGACUACCAAAUGAUUAUACUAGUCCCAUAUACCUAAAUUUUAAAGGUCUUUUUUUUUCUGUUUACUCAACCAACAACAUCUGUCACCCACGUCUAGGCAUAAAUAAACAAGAAAUACCUGUAAUUUCGUUCACAACCUCCUAACAAUUUCUUGUAUAAAAAGUCAAAACUUAAUCACUCAGUGCACGGUACGUGCCGUAUCAACGACUCCAACUAGAGCCAAAGACUUUCUCAAAGUUUUUUUACAUUCCACGAAAUAUUUGAAGGGUAGACACGCCCAUUUAUUUGAAAACGUAUAUAAAACGAAAUACUUGCGAAGAAAUAGUAAUACCAAUGAUAAUAGUUCAGACUUAGUUGACAAAAAAAAGUUCAGACUUAAGGAAAUUUUUUUAAAGUAGCUAUGUAAAAGCAUUAAACAACUUACACAUGUAAUACAUGGCGCACGCCGCUGGCCACCGCCAAGUAUCCUCAAAUCAACCAUCUGAUCAACAACGUCACACUAUCUCCAUUUCUACAAUUCUACUCUCUUUUUUUUUCCUAAUAUCUCUCCAUCUAUAAUUUAAAACAUAUCAAACUUAUCAAAAGUACAUAUUUAAAUUUUCAUCCCACUAAUUUGAUUAAACUCAAUACAUAGAAUGGAAUAUUAUUGAUUAUAUUUUAUGCAUAACAUAUAUUUAGAAUCUUUUGGGGAAAAUAUAUUUUAAUAUAAGAAUAUAUACCCAUCAAAAAGUAAUUUAAAGUUGUCUUUUUUUUUCUUUUUUUUUUAAAGUUGUCUUCUCAUGUUGUUCCAACGGUCGGUUCUAGAAAAUAUAAACAAUUAGAACAUUUCCAAGAAACAAGAAUACAAAUAGCUCGUAAGCGACUGGAAACAACCUAGGAAAAAAUCGUGCGAUAUUUGCCACACCUGUAUGACUAUAUAUAUAAGAACGUUUAUCUUCUCAUUCACUUCACAAAACAAAACGAUAAGGAACCUAUUCUACACAGGAUUGGACUUAUAUAUAUAUACAUAACAUCAAAAGUCAUGGCAUAUUCAACAAUGAAACAUUCAUUAGAGAUAGAGUUAAUCUCAGCGGAAGGACUCAAGGUUGAUAGAAAACCGGUGAAGAGAAAGACAUUCUGCAUCGUCAGAAUAGAUCAGAAGACUAAGGUUUGUAAACUUGAUGAAUCAGGUGGGAGUUGUCCCACUUGGAAAGAUAAAAUCGAGAUGGAGAUGCCUAUAAACGGCAGUGUAAGGUUUCUCUCCAUUGAAGUAUUAUAUCGUACAAGUGGUGGUGCCGAUAAGAACGUUGGGUUCGCGAAGAUUCCGGUGACGGAUUUCAUGGGAGGAUUUGCUCCUCAAGGGCAUUUGAACUUUUUGAGUUACAGGUUGAGAGACGAGUAUGGUGACAAAAGCGGUAUCAUUAACGUGUCGAUAAUGGUGAAACCCGACGGUAACAAUAUUAAAUAUUCUACGCCAUCUCCUUUGGUGGUGGCUACGAGGGAUUAUGCAGCGUGUAGUUCUCAGGCUGCGGUGAAUGGUCAAAUGUGGAGACCAAAGACAUCUUCCUCAAUGGCUGUGGGCGCUGGUUAUGGCGGUCGUGAAGUAACAGGAGUUCCUGUUUGGUUUAACAAGAACAAUCAGUAGUCUAGUGGUUAGAGAACCCUCUAGCUGAUCAUGUAUGCGCCGGGUUGGAUCCUGGGGAAGAGGAGCUGUGAGGAUACAAGCGCAUAAUGAUGGAUUGGAUUUCAUCUCUAACGUCUGAUGUACAGGCGAGAUUGGUGCGCAUCUGAGCUCUCUCUCUUCUUUUUUGCAUAAGAUCUGGUCUCUUUUCUCUCGAGUUUUCUUUUCAAAAUUAAAGAUACAUAUAUCAUAUAUAUGUUAUAAUGGACUGGAAACUAUCAUUCUUAAGCUUUUGUCGUAAUUAGCAAUCUGAUUAAGUAUCAACGUACUAAUCAUAGUAUCUUAUAUAUUAAAACAGAAGUCAUGACUUCUUUUCAUGUGUGAUUUUUUUUUAGUUUGGACCAUUCCUAGAA